AAGACUAUUACUCGGAUUAACCAUGCAAAUGAAUUUUGAAGAUUGCUCGAAAGCUCAAAAUAAAUUCUGACGCCGUUAUUCACACCACCCCUUUAAACCCCCUUCAGCCCUUUCCACAACCCAUCCCGCCGCACUGCGCACUGCAAACUGCGAACUGCGAUCAACUUUGCGACUAAAGGGGGGGAAACAUCUCGAUUCUUUAAUUCUCCCGCCUUUUUGAAUGGGACUUUCAUUAUCCUAUUGUUUUAUAAUGAUUAGUUCUACUUCUUGACUUUCGUUAAUCAACCUGAAUUCACUUCUUCGGUGUGAUACUUUUUUUUGCCGCGUAACGCAAAAAGCUCUUGUUACACGUACAAGCAAUUUCGACGCGAGUAAUUCCAAGAAAAGGCCACAAAGCGCCUCCUUUCUUUCCAUUUUGUCCCAAUUCAACCCCGUCGAGUUCUAUUGCAGCUGCGUCCUGCAUCCCGCAUCCCGCAUCCUGCAUCCCGACUCAAUAUGGCGAGGUCCAGUUCGGCCAAGCCGCCCGCUACAAAAGGCGGUCCCUACACACCUCCGAAACCCAAGAAUCAAGUCAAGCACGAUGACUACACUUCGGAAGGUGUCGAGGAUAACGAUGUCUUCUUACUACCUUUCUCUGACUACCAGGUUAUGCUGGUCUUGACCAUUAUUGGUGCCGUUGUGCGACUAUUCCGCAUCUACCAGCCCUCGAGUGUCGUCUUCGACGAAGUACACUUUGGUGGGUUUGCGACUAAGUAUAUCAAGGGUAAAUUCUUCAUGGACGUCCAUCCGCCGUUGGCUAAGCUACUCAUUACACUUUUCGGGUGGCUUGCUGGUUUUAACGGCGACUUCGACUUCAAGGAGAUUGGCAAGGAUUAUCUAGAGCCGGGUGUCCCGUACGUGGCUAUGCGACUAUAUCCUGCUAUCUGCGGUAUUGCCUUGAUCCCGACUAUCUUCUUGACUCUGAAGGCUGCUGGUUGUCGUACGGCUACGGCCGCCCUCGGUGCUGCUUUUCUCAUCUUUGAGAAUGGUCUCCUCACCCAAGCCCGUCUGAUUCUUCUCGAUUCUCCCCUAGUCGCCGCUACCGCGUUCACUGCGCUCGCCUUCACAUCCUUCACCAACCAACAUGAACUGGGUCCUUCGAAGGCGUUCGAUGCGGGCUGGUGGUUCUGGCUUUUCAUGACCGGCGUGGGAAUGGGAAUUACACUCAGCAUCAAAUGGGUUGGCCUCUUCACAAUUGCCUGGGUUGGAACCUUGACUCUUGUACAAUUGUGGGUGCUACUUGGUGACACCAAGACUGUCACCAUUCGCAUCUUUGCGAAGCACUUUUUGGCCCGUGCUUUCUGCUUGAUCAUCAUUCCCAUCACCAUCUACCUAGGUAUAUUCGCUAUUCACUUCCUUUGCCUCUCGAAUCCUGGCGACGGAGAUGGAUUUAUGAGCUCUGAAUUUCAGGCUACGUUGAACAACAAGGGCAUGCAAGAUGUGCCUGUUGAUGUUGCCUUCGGCAGCCGUGUCUCUAUCCGACAUGUCAACACCCAGGGAGGAUAUCUUCAUUCUCAUCCCCUAAUGUACCCCACAGGCAGUCAGCAACAGCAGAUCACUCUUUAUCCCCACAAGGACGACAACAACCUAUUCUUGCUCGAGAACCAGACUCAGCCUCUAGACAUCAACGGUGAGCCUAUCAACGGAACUGGCGCUUGGGAUAAUGCGAAGAACAUAACCGAGAACUACAUCAAGGAUGGCGAUGUGAUCCGACUAUAUCACCUGGCUACUCAUCGUCGCCUUCACUCUCACGAUGUUAGACCGCCUGUUAGUGAAGCCGAGUGGCAGAAUGAAGUAUCUGCAUAUGGAUAUGAAGGAUUUGCUGGCGACGCCAACGAUCUAUUCCGUGUUGAAAUUGUCAAGAAGCAGUCUCUCGGGUCCAUCGCCAAGGAGCGGCUCCGAACCAUACAGACCAAGUUUAGACUCGUCCACAUUAUGACUGGUUGCGUCCUAUUCUCUCACAAGGUGAAGUUACCGGAUUGGGCAUCUGAACAGCAGGAAGUUACUUGUGCCAAAGGUGGCACUCUUCCCAACAGCUUAUGGUACAUUGAGUCCAAUGCGCAUCCGCAAUUAGCCAGCGAUGCCGAGAAGGUCAACUACGUUAACCCCGGGUUCCUCGGCAAAUUCUGGGAACUGCAGAAGGUUAUGUGGAAGACUAACGCAGGUCUGGUUGAGUCUCAUGCCUGGGACUCUCGUCCCGAGUCUUGGCCGAUCCUCCGCCGUGGUAUCAACUUCUGGGGUAAAAACCACCGCCAGAUCUACCUAAUGGGUAACCCCAUCGUAUGGUACACCUCGACCCUUGCUGUUGUUAUUUACGUGCUCUUCAAAGGUAUUGCGGUCCUUCGAUGGCAGCGCAGCUGUAACGACUAUGAGAACGCCACUUUUAAGCGAUUCGAUUACGAGAUCGGAACUUGGGUGCUCGGGUGGGCUUUCCACUACUUCCCCUUUUUCUUGAUGGGACGCCAGCUCUUCCUUCACCAUUAUUUCCCUGCGCUGGUCUUCGCCGUCCUAGCAUUUUCCCAGUUUAUCGACUUCACAACGGCCCGAUUUGCAAGCGUCAGGGGAAACUCCAUCAUCAACAAGGCCAGUGUAGUUGCGCUAUUGGCUGUUUCCGCGGUCGCCUUUGCCUUAUAUUCGCCCCUCGCAUACGGAAAUACCUGGACAAAGGCAGAAUGCAAUCGUGUCAAGCUGUUCAGCACUUGGGAUUGGGAUUGCAAUACUUUCUUGGAGAGCUACGAAGCAUACUCAGGACUUACAGCCCCAAUCGCCCAGACCUCUCAACCCGCUGUAGACAACAAAAACCAGGUGCCAGUCCAGCCCGCAGCUGAUAACAACCAAGACGCCCCAAAGGCAGGUAUCUCGGGGGCACCCAAGUUCGAACCCCAGGGUCAAAAAGUGAUCAACCGCGAAGAGCGAGUCGAAUACCGGGACCAAGACGGCAACAUCCUCAACGAAGAGCAAGUGAAGGCGCUCGAAGGCAAAGUCGAAUUCAAGACCAAAUACGAAACGAGGACGCGCGUCGUCGACGCCGACGGCAACGAAAUCGAAAUUCCAAUAGAAGAUCUUGCCGCCGCGGGCGUCGCGCCACCGCAUCCUGAUGUUGAGGGUGCUAACCAGGAGACUAAGAAGCUAGUGAGAGAUGACCCUAUCCCUCAGGAAGCGUCGUCGAGCAAGGAUGGUGAGAAGGAAGCCGAGAGAUCUGUCCCUAAGCCAGCUAGCGAGGGUAACGAGGCAACGGUUUGAACGCCUCGGUUCAUCGAUCUAGCUCCUGAUUUAGCCUCACGUCUCAUUGUGUGACAAAGUCAUGGCGAAGAAAAUCUCCACUGAUGUUGGUUCAUUCUGAAUGUAGAGAGUUUACUUGGACGAACGGCGUUGUCCGCUAGACUCGUGUAUACCACCAUAUUAAUGAAGAUCACGGAAGGGGAAAACUUUAGGGGGUGCGGAACGCAAACAAAAAGAGAUAAGGAUAUUGGAGUGAUUGUCUUGCGAAGACAAACUAGAACCAUGUGGGUUAUACCUGCUGAUCGCAGCUUAUUUCCUUUAAUCUGAAGAUUUUGAUGUGUGUCUAUGUGCCGUCUAUUAAAUGACCAUCGUAUCCUCUCCGCAGUGUCAAGAUGAGCGUCAUCGUCCAUAAAGGGUGGGCUAUUCGUAUCUCCAACCUCCAACUACCGUACCUUGCCUUGACGGGCCGUAGUUCCGCUAUACUGACGUAUAGAUGAGUAGCAUGAUGUUUCCAAUCGCAGCAGGUUCCGUCCAGAUAUUUAAAUAAAUAUAUACGUGAGGCAAGCUCCGACUAUCGCUCAUCGGAUUUAUAAAGGUGCGGGGGGACGCCCAUGGAUACGUGGAUGAACUUGAUAGCUUCCAUGACUUCAAACUUCCCUGGGUAAAGUCAACACUGAUAUAUAUAUAUAUAUAUAUACAU